AUGAUAAGUAACAAGGCCAUACAAUACCAGGUAGGAUUAAUUAUUAGUAAUAUAAUGUCUUCAAGUAAGAGACGUAAGUUGGAAAUAGUACCGGAAAGCAAAGGACAAAGUGCUUUUGCGGCCCGACAAGCAUUAUUAGCAAAUGCUAGUACGCAAGAAAGUUCGAAAUUGUGCCCCUCGGAUGAUAAUGCCGUUAAAAAUUCAUAUCCUGAUAGAAGCGACGAACCCCAAGUAUAUUGGAGCCCCGAAGAUAAUUCGCCUAAGCAACGGCUACUCAAGAACAAAGAACACACUUUACCAAUCGUAGACUCGGAUUCCAAAGACGAAUCUAAGAUCUCGGAUCAAAUUGAGGAAAUCUACAAACAAAAAUGUUCAGAACCCCAAGCUGUACUACCUUUGGCAGCAAAGCCAGAGAUAGUGUUAUCGACAAUAAAGCCAAGCCACAGAAACCUUCGACAGCUGGAAAAUGGAUCAAUUUAUGUAAAACUUGCGCCCGGAGAGCGGCUGGUUGUCCUUGGCCAAUACGGAAUUUUAGUUCAUAAAGGAGAAAUCACCUUACUAGGUGCCACUCUCAAGCGAUCAAAAAGUUUAUUCAAAGUCUAUGCGCUUCCAACACACUCUUUACCGGUUAUAAGGAGCAAAGGAACUUUCAUUAGCACCGCAGAGAUAAGUUUACAUCCAAUCCAAAGUGGUCUAGAAAAUUUGAAGUUCCUCUCACCCCUCUAUGGAAGCUUAUUGGGUGAUAAUUGUGGGAUUCUGGGGCCGAAGUACCAAAAUCUGUUUCAGGAAUCCAAGUCGAGCACAUUUCAAAUCCUCUUUUCUUCGAGUGAAGGACCCCAAAAAUCUUGUGUACAACCACUAUCAUUAUCACCAGAAUGGAAUAUUUGUAUCUCAGAUUGCCUCAGCGGACCCCUUCAGAACAACGCUAUCAUGGUUUGCGGUCCUAAAUCUACAGGAAAAUCAACAUUCGUAAAAUUUCUAUUAAAUAGAUUACUAUCAAAAUACGAUGAUCAAAUAAAACAACAAAGUGCUGUACUCCUAGAUCUCGAUCCCGGACAACCUGAAUAUUCUCCACCUGGACAACUAUCCCUCAUUCAUGUAAUGGAACCGAAUCUUGGAACACCUUUUUCCCACCCAGUCUCUGGCUGCCAAAAUAUAGUCUUAAAGUCGCACUCAAUUGCUGCAAUUUCACCCGCAAUGGAUUCAGAUUUGUUUAUGGCAUGCUCCAUAGACCUAUUUUCUACUUACCGAGACCUACGUUUGCAUACCAACUGUAUACCUCUGAUCAUUAAUACACCUGGAUGGAUAUUGGGUACUGGACUAGAAAUACUUGUUAAUCUUGUUAAAAAUAUUAGGCCAACCAAAGUUAUCUACAUGUCACAUGAGGGCCCUCCAGAAGUGGUCAAAAGUUUACAGGAGGCAGAUAAAUCUACAAGCUUUAUUACAGUCCCGUCCCAGAUUUGUGAAACCCCAAUCAGAACAGCUGCACAUCUUCGCACAAUGCAGUAUAUGUCAUACUUUCACUUGGACUUCUCAAAUAAAAAAAGCACAGUUUGGAAUUCACGACCUUUGACAUCCAUUCCGCCAUGGGAAAUUAAAUACUCCGGCAACUCAUCUGGAAUAUUGGGCAUAAUGUGUUAUGGAGAGCAGCCUCCGCUUGGUCUUAUAUCUGAAACAAUAAAUGGAACAAUCGUUUCUGUGGUAGUUGUUGAUGAUCUCUUAGCUAUUCCUGGUUGGUCCUCAGAUUUGGAGGGACAAGACGAAACUCAAGUUCCUUUGGAUCUUAGUAAAUCUAACUUUUGUCAAGUUGGUAAAAUUGAAACGCCACUCAUUCUUCGAUCUCCUGAAGAUCUGCCCUACUUCAAUCCUGCAAAUGCAAUAUCUCUGCAUCCUCAACACUCAUACUGUCUAGGUCUUGCAUUAGUUCGAGGUAUUGACGUGUCUCGUCAUAGAAUCCAAGCUCUCACUCCAAUUUCUCCAAAUCUUAUUGAAGAGCUUCAGCAGAAUAGGAAGUCUAUAAUUCUUCUAAGUGGAAAGCUAGACACACCAGGCUGGGCAUAUACAGAAGAUCUCCUUUCGAGGGCUGCCUUAGAGAAGGGUAGCACCAUACAAUAUGGUAGUGGGAAGAGUUACCAAAGCAAGUUCGAAGGCAAAGCCGAAACAGAUUGUAAGAUUGAGUGCAGGAAGACUUUUAAUACAAACUUCAAAGAAAUUCCCUGGGUAGAAAAACUUGAAGGCUCCCAGGGCCGAGGGGUGGGAUCCCGAGUCUGGAGAGUUAGAAGAGAUCUUGGCAAAACAAGCGAGGGUUGGGACUCUUAA